AGAAUUAUUCUCAGAAUCCUAAACAUCUGAAAUACUGCAGUGGCAUCGAAGUAUUAGACAUGUUACAUGUAAUAUAUAUAUGUUUCUUUUUCAAGAACAACACAAUGCAGGAGAGCCAUAGUAUGAGGCGAGUUUGGUUGGACCUAAGCUGAGUAAAUCCAGCAUUAAAGGCCCACGUGGCCCCUCAAGGGAUAAUCCUCCUCAUAGGCCUGUUUCAGCAGGCUGACAUCACAGUUGCAGACACUCAACCAUGGCAGGCAGUACACAGAAGGUUGUGCUCAUCACCGGCUGCUCCUCUGGGAUUGGUCUACAGACAGCUGUGAUGUUGGCAAAAGAUAAGAAAAAGCGCUACCAUGUUAUUGCCACCAUGAGGGAUCUGAAACGAAAGGACAAGCUGCUGGAAGCAGCAGGUGAUGCCUAUGGGAAGACACUGGCUCUGCAGACACUUGAUGUUUGUAGUGAUGAAUCGGUCAGACAGUGCAUUAACAGCUUGAAGGACCAACACAUUGAUGUGCUCAUCAACAAUGCUGGUAUUGGUCUAGUUGGCCCAGUGGAAUGCAUCAGUAUGGAGGAAAUGAAGAAGGUCUUCGAGACCAACUUUUUUGGCAUGGUGCGCAUGAUUAAACAUGUGAUGCCAGACAUGAAGAGGAGGCGUGGUGGACACAUCAUUGUAGUGAGCAGUGUCAUGGGAUUACAAGCUGUGGUGUUUAACGAUGUCUAUGCGGCUUCAAAAUUUGCCAUGGAGGGUUUCUGUGAGAGCUUGGCUGUGCAGCUGCGCAAGUUUAAUGUCACUUUAUCCAUGAUUGAGCCUGGACCAGUACACACUGGUUUUGAGGUCAAAAUGGUGGAGGAUGUGUCACAGAAGGAGUUCCCUGGGACAGACCAUGACACUGUGCACUACUUCAAGAAUGUCUACUUGCCAUCUUCCAUUGACAUCUUUGAGACUCUGGGCCAGACACCAGGUGAUAUUGCCAGGUGCAUAAAGAAAGUCAUGGAGAAGAGACAUCCACAUUUUCACAACCUGACCAACCCAAUGUACACGCCCAUUCUGGCCUUGAAGUAUGCAGAUGACACAGGCGAUCUCUCACUACAUGCCUUCUACCACAUGCUCUUCGACUUUGGCACGCUGAUGCGCAUCACCACAAGCAUGAUGAAGUGUCUGACCUGUGGCUGCCUGCGCAGUCGCACCAUCUCGCCCGACUGA